CCACGUGGCAAUUUUCCUCCAUGGCUCGUCGCCAGCAGUGGAGGCGUAAAAGCCCGGAAGCGGUGCUGGCGCGUUCUGAAGAGGCCCUCUGCAGGACUCUUUACAUAGUCCACCAGGCUGGACCCACCAGCUUCGUCCUCAAGGAAGAAACGGGGGAGAGAAAAUUCAAAACGUGUCUCGGAAACCCUCAUCAGUGUUCGUGCAGCGCGUUCAGGAAAGAGGGAGAGCUCUGCGUUCAUAUACUCUGGUUACUGCUGAAGAAAUUCAAGGUUCCUCGUGAGAGCUCUCUUUCUUUCCAACUGGGACUCGUCGAGCGUGAAAUCAACGGGAUUCUCUACGGAAACCACGCCCAGAAACAACUCCCCGUGCAACAGCCGGGGUCAACCGACCAAUCAAAUCACGUCGUUCGACGAGCAAUCACGAGCGAGGACAUCUGUCCGAUAUGCCAGGAAGAGUUUUCAGCGCGGCCACUUGCCAUUGCCUACUGCAAGUUGGGUUGUGGGCAGAACAUACAUGUGAGGUGUAUGAAGAUUUGGGCAGACCACCAGCAGACGCCUGGGGACCCCACCGUACAUUGUCCGGUUUGUAGGUGUGAUUUUCUUCCCCUCAAGGAGCUGUGUGGAGAUGAUUUGUGCGUGUACAAACCAACUUCAGUUACGGAGAUCGGACAGGCACGAGUUGACAAACCAAAUGGUGGCAGAAGAAGGGUUAGAGAGAGAGGUGAAGUGUUAAUAUCGCGACUGAAGGCAUACCCAGUGGGAACUGGAGGAGGAGGAGGAGGGAAGGGAAGUGUGUGCGAGAUGUGUGGGGAGGAAUUCAAGAGAGGGGACUGGGUCAGGAAGCUCCCGGCCUGCAGACAUGAGUUCCACCGACUCUGUAUCGAUGGAUGGUUGAGAUCAGGACAUGCAGUGUGUCCAGUUGAUGCCACUACAGUCUUUGUACCUCCCAAUAACAAACAUAAAGCUCCACUGAAACGAAGAAAAAGAGGCGGAGAGGGCAAAAGACAGUCUUACACUCUCUGGAUACUCAAUAAAAUUACCUCACAUUGAACAGGUUGCCUCAUCUGGACUUGCUAUAGGAACGGUAUACGCCACAGACACAGAACCAUUCAGGACCAACUGCAGUCACGUGACAGAUCACAUGAUCAACAGCUCCUCCCACCUCUCCACUUCCCUUUCCCACCCAGUUCCCACCCUCACCCCACACAUCGUACACACGGCUCGAGAAACACACGGAAGAAAUGGCCGCCCAGUUCGGCACUGAGAAGAGGUCUUCCUUCCUCUUCCCCUCUCUCCCUCUCCUCUGCCAGGAGAACUCUGUCUCCCAGGCUGGAGGUGACUAGCCUCAAGCUCAACCUUUCCCUUCCUCCUCUUCCUCCUCCCCACACCCUCUCUCCCUCCCUCCAUUCACUAAGACACAAGAAACCCCUCUCAUCUGAAGCUAGUUAUCAGUAACUCUCACUCUGCGUGCUCUGCAUUCUCAAUGGGUGUGAUAGUCUCUCAUAGGGAAUGUAUGUAUACAGUACGUAUGAACAUACUUUUCAAGGAAGGCAAUAUUUCGAGGUGUGUGGAACUCUUUUUACCUGUGAAUGUUUGCAGAUUCAACGCGGAGAAGAAAGAUUAUGAACGUUUUCCAUUUGCGAGAAUUGUGAAGAAUUACAAUAGCAGCAGCGGUAAACGGUAUAGUAAGUCAUGAAAUUUGCCAGAGGUCUGAAAUGGAGUACCCAUCAGGAAGUGCCUCGAUGGCUAGUCCCAGUUCAUGGCUGUAGACUGGCUCCCUGUCCUUCCUCUUGUGCGGAUCAGCCAAAUAUGC